ACUUUUCUAUGCUGUUAACCGAGAUUUCAUUUUCGUUUUCUGUUCUUGACAUUUGAAGUCACAUGAGUCGAAGUGUAUAUUAGGAAGAUGCAUUUUCUUUGUACACAAAACCAUCGGGUGAGAGGAACGGUGACACUGAAUUUUAAAGUAGUGUUGGCGACAGUAUAGCUGAUUUCUGCCAUAUACUAAUAUUACACUGCGGUGACUGUUCGGAGGAGCAAUUUCCAGAAAGAAGUUCAUUAAUCAACCCUUCAAGGUUCAAGUGAGAUGGAGGAGAUACAGCUGUAUGGGUAUCAGGCGGAGGUGGUGCGGCCAGCCCUGGACGGAAGAAACAUCAUCAUCUGGCUGCCCACAGGAGGAGGGAAGACGAGAGCAGCCGUGUAUGUGGCCAAGAGGCAUCUGGAGAGCAAACGUGAGGCCAAGGUGGCUGUCUUAGUCAAUAAGGUUCAUCUGGUGGACCAGCAUUUCUCGAAGGAGUUCCAUCCUUUCCUCGGCUCUCAGUACAAAGUUGUGCCCAUUAGUGGAGAAAGUGCAGAGAAGGACUUCUUCAGCGUGGUGGUGAAGAGCAGUGACGUGAUCAUCUGCACGGCCCAGAUCCUGGAAAACGCCCUGAAGAGCACAGAAGAGGAGAAGCACGUGAAGCUUACAGACUUCACCUUGCUGAUCAUCGAUGAAUGCCACCACACCCAAAAGGAGACGGUCUACAACAAGAUUAUGGGGUCCUAUGUGGAGCAGAAGCUCACCGGGGAAAUGAACUUACCACAGGUGUUGGGCCUUACUGCCUCCCUUGGGACGGGGGGAGCCAAGACUUUCGAUGGAGCUAAGAAACACAUUUUGCAGGUUUGUGCCAACCUUGAUGCCUCGGCCAUCAUGUCUUCCGAGGAGCAUGCCGUGGAGUUACAGCAGAGAGUCCCCAGACCCAUUAAGAAGUAUGACAUCGUUCAGGAGAGGCUGAAGGAUCCAUUUGGGGACCAUGUCAAGUUCAUGAUGCAGACGAUUCAUGAGUUCAUGGACCUUGAGGAUGUCUUUAAUGAUUUCGGAACACAGGAGUAUGAGGCCAGCGUGGUGCUCUUGGAGAAGAAAGGUGUGGAGCGGAGGAACCGCCAGCUGGCCCAAUGUGCCUUGCACCUGCGUCAGUAUAACAACGCUCUGCUGAUCAACGACACCGUGCGCAUGGUGGACGCCCUCAAUGUCCUGGACGAUUUCUACAGCGACGAGAAGAUCAAGCGGAUUGGCCUGGAUGCCACUGACUGGUUCCUGUUUGGUCUUUUCGAAGAAAACAGAACUGAGCUUAAGGCACUGGCGGGCAUGGCCCAGCACGAGAAUCCCAAACUGGCUCAGCUGGAGAGUACCUUCCUGCAGCAGUUUGACUCGCAGGCUAAUUCCCGUGGGAUCCUCUUCACGAAGACCCGCGUCAGCGCCCGCUGCUUGUACGACUGGAUCUUGGCCAACCGCGCUCUACAGGACACCAGCAUCAAGGCUGCGAUCCUCACCGGGGCAGGAAAUCAGAUCAGUCACAUGACCCAGAAUGAACAGAAGCAGACCAUCAGACGGUUCCGCGAGGGCCACCUGAACCUGCUCAUCUCCACCAGCGUGGCCGAGGAAGGCCUGGACAUCCCCGAGUGCAACUUGGUGGUGCGGUACGGGCUGCUGACCAACGAGAUCGCCAUGCAGCAGGCCAGCGGACGGGCCCGGGCCCAGGGCAGCGUUUACUCCGUGGUAGCAUUGGAGACGGGCCGGGAGAUUAAGCGUGAGAAAACGAAUGAGUACCUGGAGGAGCUGACCCAGCGGGCCAUUCAUGAGGUGCAGCAAAUGAACCCCCGUGACUUCCAGCGGCAGAUCAUUGAGAUACAGGAGGAGACCAUGAUCAUGAAAAGGAUGGCAGGGCUAAAGAUGAGGCAGAAGCAGAACCGGUACGACCCAGCCAGUGUCACACUGUCAUGCCGGACCUGCUACGCCGAGGUCGCCCAUGGCAACGACAUCCAGCUGGUUGAUGACGCGCACUACGUCAACGUCAACCCCACAUUUAAGAAGUACUACAGAGCUGGGGGACAGAUUCAUCUGGAGAAGUCAUUCAAAGACUGGAAUCCAGGCCGUAAAAUCAGCUGUGCUGCAUGUGGCGUGGAGUGGGGUAUGGAGAUCAUAUAUAAGAAUGUCACCUUACCCAACCUGGCCAUCAAGAACUUCGCCCUGGUGACAAAGGAGGGUACCCGUCCUGUAAAGAAGUGGAAGGACAUUCCUUUUCCCAUAGAAGAAUUCAGCUACACAGACUACUGCCUCGCCCAUUUCCCCGACCUUUGAUAAGGUGGAUAACAUGGCAUCUCAAGUUUGCAAAAUGCAGCCUGGUUCUUCCUUGCUUCUCAUUAAUGAAGUGCUUCUUCCUUGCUU